GUGACCUUGGGAAGCGGCUGCUUCGUAUUGGACGUGGCGGCUAACGGUCGGAUUUUAAAAAUUUGCAGGAGCGGAAGUCGGGGUUUCGCGGACGGAGCGGGAGAGGCCCGGCGGCGGGAGCCUAUCUGAUAUGAGUUUGCAUUUGGAUGAAAACAGUUAUUUGAAUCUUCAAGGUUCUAAUAUAAUGGAUGAACAGUGUGAUCCAUCAACACCAGUUGUGACCACGGGGAGACAUUCCACUCUUCGAGUAGCACAGAAGGAGAAUUUCCCUCCCAAAAAUUCAGCAAAACUUUCUAAGGUGUCCUUCCAAACCCCUGCAAGAGACCCUGUUACACGCAAAGUACUGAGUCCCCAGCUCACCAAUAUUGCAUUUCAGAAAGCUGGAAAAAAUGAGGAAAGUGCACAGAACAUAGAGGGUCCAGGAAAUCUUAAUAACGAUAAAUGGCAUAAAGAUUCUGGAGGUAGUUCUGAAGUAUUUAAUCUGAAAUUGGAAGAGCAACUGAAACAAGAGGUUAAUCAAUCUGCUGCUCAUGAGGAGCAAGUUUCAUCUCAUGGAACAUAUACACUUGAUCUUGACAUGCUUGAUGUAAUAAAUCCAUUUAAAAGUAAUUCAAAAGUUAUGAACUCGCCAGUUCAGAAACUGAGUGACCAUGAGCUUGACUCUCGGGAGGAAUGUCUCAAAAUUACGCCAGUGAAUAAUGAAAUGCUUUCUAAGAAAACUGAGAAAAUGUCAAUAACCCCUCCCUAUAACAUAAACACAGAUCAUACUAUGAAUACCUCAGCAGACAUUCCUUUACAAAUGGAAAGUCAAAGCAGCUACAUAGAACGGGAUUCUGAGGUGAUCAUAUCACAGAAAUUGAGUAGCUUUGAGGUAGAUUGUCUUGAGAAAAGUGAUCCUUGUGCAAGUGAGAUGAAAGUGGAAAUUUCAGAGCUUCCCCUAGAAAAUUUGUCCAAUCUUGACUGUGACAACACAGGUUCUGACAACUCCCUCCAAAUGGAAGGGCAAAAACUGGAGACUUCACCAGCACUUGAUCAAGAUCUUGUAUCUAAAAAUACUCAGACAGCUGUUGAUGCUGACUCUUUGCAACCAGUGAAGUUGGAGAUUGCAUUUGAUACUGAAGUGAAGGAGAAACCUCCACCCAAAAAGUUGGGGAAAAGACCUGUAGGGCAGUUGCGGCCUAAGUCGCCCAGUGAAACUACAGAGAAAUCCGUACAUAACAAAUCAGAAGAGCAGAGCACGAAAGUUGUAAAACAGAAUGAAACUGAGUACUGCACAUUGGAAGAGCAGAGCAAGGAAGCUCUAAAGUUGAGUGAAACUGAUCCUGAUGAUCCUGUCGUCCCAAAGUUGAACUACAAUAUUGACUGGGACAAACUGGAUGACCCAAAUUUCAAUCCUUUUGGUGGAGUUUCAAAAAUUUGUAAUUCUCCCAGUUCUACUAAGCUGCCAGCAGCCAACUCUGCACUGCAGUCAUUGCAAGAUAAGCAAGAGAAUGUUGAGCCAACUGCAAACAAAGUGGAUGAGUUGCAGAAGCCAGAAAGCACUCCAGGGACAAAUGGAUCUAGUGGAAUAAUUAAAGAGGUUCAGAAGCAACCUGUUAAGAAGAACACUUGCAAAGUUAAACCCAUGGUGGAGGUCUCAGCAAUUCCUUUAUUUCAGGACCCCCAAGUUUUCGCUAUUGGAGAUGUCAUUGAGUCCAGGCCAGUGUCCAAUUUUGGAAAGAGAAUUUCAGACAGAGUACAACCAAUGAGGAGUGAAGAAAUGACACAGGACAUGAAUGAUAAUGAGUUCACCAUGGCAGGAAGGUCUGAAUUUCUUGAUGAUAUCAUUGAAGGUGAAGCUGAAGAAUUUAGACCAGCAGACCAAAUUCCAACAUUUAACCAACCAAUUGAAGUUGACUACCUGGAGCAGUUUGGUCACUCGAUGUUUCAUGCCUCUGCUUUGAGAAAGCAGUCUCUAUACCUGAAGUUUGAUCCUCUAUUGAGGGAAAGUCCUGCGAAGGUGACUGUUAAGCCCCUGGAAGCUCGGUCUGACGUGGCAGAUCCAACAACCACAAGUACCAGCAUUAUAGAUCUUGAAACCAGAUCUGUUAUUCUUUCUCAUCCUAAUGAAGGAAUGGUGGAUAUAGCUCCCCUAGUCCCUGAUGUGCAAUCUAUUCUUAAUGAUCCAGUGGCUGAUUUUGCAUCUACUGUUCCUGCUGAGGAUGCGAUUGUUGAAGUGCUAAAAUACAGCCAGAAAGACAUGGAUGCUGCAAUUCAAGCUGUAAAACAAGAGGCAGAUACUGCAAUGUUAGCUGUAAAACAAGAGCUUGCUCAUCAGGAAGCUAUAACUUUGGAAUGGAAACAGCAAUAUGAGGAAAGCCUUGCGCAAUGUGCAGAAAUGAAGAAAGUUGUUAAUCAAUAUGCUGGAAGUUACUUUUCAAAUGAUGGUUAUGAAACUUGGAAAUUCUGGCAUUGCAAUUUUCCCUUGGCAAUGGUUAAUGUAUUAUCAAAUGAGGCAUCUGACAAAAAGAGUGAAAUGGCCAAGGCAGAAUUGGAGAAAGUAACUGAAGAGAAACAGCAAGCCUUAAAGGAGCUGAAUUCAGUUGAAACAUCAUUUUCUGAACUAUUCAAACGAUUUGAAAAACAGAAAGAAGUACUUGAGGGUUAUAGAAAGAAUGAAGACUGUCUAAAGAAAUGUGCUCAGGAUUAUCUUGCAAGGAUUAAGAAGGAAGAACAGAGAUACCAGGCUCUGAAAGCUCAUGCUGAAGAAAAAUUGAAUCAAGCAAAUGAAGAGAUUGCGCAAGUUCGCAAUAAAUACAAGGCAGAAGUCGCUGCUGUCCAGGCUCAUCUGCGCAAGGAGCAAAUGAAAGUCAAUUCCUUGGAAAGGAGUCUGGAAGAUAAGGCGAAAGAAAAUGUGGAACUAUCAAAGAUCUGUGAUGAACUGAUUUCCAAGAUGGAAAAGAUCUGAUUUCUGUGUCUUGUAAAUAUAUCCUGUCAUCCUCCUAAACUAUUUUUAAACUUCUGUCUUUUGUACAACUGUCUAAAUUUACUAGAGGAAAAUAAAGUUCAAUACUUGAAA